AUGGAAUCAUCAUAUUAUGAUGAUGUUGAUCUACAUUCUCUUGGUUCAGUGGAAAAUGAAACAGACGACAGCGUUGAAAAUGACCCAGCAUUCUGGCCAUCGAUUCUUAAGCAAAGAAAAAAAGAAGAGUUAAUCAAAAAAGGUCCGUCAACUUUACCUGAUGAUUUCCCACGAGAUGUUUCUAAUAGCAGGGCCUUUCCAAAAGAAGUUCUUUUCAUUGCGUUGCCUAAUGGAGAAAAAGUUCAACGAGAUUAUCUGAUAUGGAGCCCAUCGUCUAACUCUCUACUUUGUUUCCCGUGUUCUUUAUUUGCGUAUGAAAAUUCCGGAUCCUAUGGGAAUCGAUCUCUUCUUCUUCGCUGGAAUGGAGGUGUUAAAAAUGACUGGAGAAAAUUGAGUGAUCGUAUCAAAAGUCAUCAUAGCAACCCAGUUUAUCAAAGUCAUUAUCUUAAUUGGAAGACUUUGCACUCAGCUCUUGUCGAUCAGCGUGGGAUCGACUCAGAGUUCCAAAAGGCACUAGAAAAGGAAGUAGCCAGAUGGCGUGAAAUACUUCGUUGUAUUUUAGAUGCAAUUUUAUUUUUAACAUCUCAAAACUUAUCCUUUAGAGGGCAAUAUUCGUCGAUGGAGAAGAACGAGAAAGGGAACUUUUUAAGUUGCCUUGAACUUAUUUCUCAUCACAACGAAACAUUAAAGAAUUAUCUUGAAACAGUUGCUCAUCAUCAAAAUAAAGGAACCAGAAUGCAAGCUAACUAUCUCUCCUGGCAAUCACAAAACGAAUUCAUCAGUGAAUGCGCUACAUUAGUUCAAGCAGCAGUUGUGAAAGAAGAAAAGAUGCCGUGUAUUUUACGAUAAUUACCGAUGGGACCCCAGAUGUAUCUCACACCGAACAAAUCACGUUUAUUCUUCAAUUUGUGCGAUUCAACUCGGGUAAGAUGAUUUGGGAAGUUAAAGAACAAUUUCUCUGCGUUGAAGAUAUGGAGAAAAAGAAAGGUGCAGAUAUUGCUUAUUUAAUUUGCAACGUUUUAGUUUUUAAAUUGAGAGGCCAAGGAUACGACAAUUGUUCUAAUAUGGCUGGAAUCUAUAAUGGAGCCGAAGCUCAUAUACUGGAAAAAAAUUCGUUCGUUUUAUACAUUCCUUGCGGUGCUCAUAAUUUAAAUUUAGCUGGAGUUCAUGCUGCUGAGUCUUGCGCUGAGAUCAAAACGUUUUUUGGCAAUAUCCAAGCCCUCUACGUGUUCUUUAGUUACAGCCCAGCAAAAUGGAAAAUUCUUCACGAAGAGACUGCUUUAUCACUUCACAAUCUCUCAGAUACUUGAUGGUCAGCCCACAUAGCUGCUGUAAAACCUUUAGUGAAAAAACCACAAGAAAUUGUUGCUGCUCUGGAUAGAACCGUUAAUCAACUUGACUAAACUGCGGACAUGUUGAAUCAAGCGAAAUCGUUGGGCAAAUAUUUUAAGUCAUUUGAAUCAGUAGUUCUUUUGACCAUUUGGUAUAAGACACUGCAAAAUAUUGAUAAUGUUAGUCGAUGUCUCUAGUUGGAGUCAAUUUCUCAAUUACUUCUAGAUGACCUAGGUCGCAUUCGUUCGUCGUAGAGUUGUAUUUUGACUGAAGCAAAGCUAGUGGCUGGAAACCUAGGCUUUGAAACAGAAUUUAAAGUAAAACGCACAAGAAGAGUGAAAAAAUUCCACGAGGAACCAUCAAAUACAGCCCACUACCAAGACGAUACAGAAAAGAACUUUGAAGUAAAUAUUUUCAACGUGGCAUUGGACCACAUAAUUCUACAAAUUCAGUCAAGGUUCAAUGUGGUGAAAAAGGUUUCUUCUCAGUUUCCCUUUAUCUGGCUUCAGUCUGAAGACCCUUCUUCACAAGAUGAGAAAGCUCGUCAACUUGCGAAAUUCUAUUCAAAUGACGUUAAAGAAGACGAUCUUAUUGAGGAAAUUUACCACUUUGACCGGUUGCAAGCAUCGUCCUUGUUCAGUAAAGGCAACUCUCUCAAUCUUUUAAAUCAAAUAUAUUCCAAAGGCUUACAACCAAUUUUCCCGUCGAUAUGCAUACUUUUGCGCAUCUUCCACACAAUGCCAGUAUCCGUUGCAGAGGGUGAAAGACCUUUUAGUAAACUGAAGAUUAUAAAAAACCACUUCAGAGCCACCAUGGGACAAGAGCAACUUUCAAAUCUUAUGGUGUUGUCUAUUGAAAAUGAUCUCGCGAAACCAUUGU